UCCAUUCGAACUUUUUAUCACCGACGGUCCUUGUGGAUCAGAAACUGCAACAAAACUGGGAAAAUGGCUGCUAAUAAGGCGAAGAAAGUUACAAAAAUGGCUACGAAAGCCUGUCCAGAUUGUGACCAACAGAUUCCUGUUGCCUGUAAAUCAUGUCCUUGUGGAUUCAUUUUUAUAAGUAGAAGACUGCUGAAUGCUAAACAGACUGAAAAAUCACCGCCACCUAAUUUAGACAACAAGUCGGCAGCUAAGAGACGGAGAACAGAGAGAGCACGUCGAGAGAAAGCCAAUUCUCCUCUAACCAAAGAUUUGGAAAACAGGAAGCGCUCUAGGUCAGAGAGCCAUUCUGAGCAGAUUCGACGGCGGCGAGGGCGUCCAAAAACUGGCCCAAGCAAAAAGCACGAUGACGAUAAAGAAAGGCAAGAAAAAGAAGUUGAUGUGUAUGCCACUCUUUCAGAUGAAAGAGCUUUUGUAUUUUCAGUGGCGUUGGCAGAAAUAAACAGAAAAAUAAUCAAUCAGAAAUUAAUUCUUUGACGAAGCAUGCAAAAGUGAGAUAUAACCGCAACUCAGGACCCACUCUUGCUCAGUUUAUUUCACCAAUAUGGACCUUGCAUUUUCUAGCAAUAUUGGAGAAGCCUGGACAUUGCUGUCAAGUUAACUCUUGUUAACUUGCUUAAUUGUCAGAUGACUGCACCUAACAGCAGAACUUUCAGAGGCCGUGGACGUGGACAUGCAGUAGUUUGAACUUGUGCACCAAAGAAGAAGGCAAUUCUUUAAAUUCCAAUUUCACUUUGUACAAAAAAUAAUGCCACAUUGAAUUUAGAAGAGUAAUGUGGUUUGAUGCAUUGACCAAGAAACGGGUGAACUAUGGAAAAUAUUAUCUUCCUCAAUCAGAUUCAGCAGGCGUUAGGUUAAGCCAAGAAAGGAAAUAUAAGUUGUUCCUGUAGUAUAUUUCAAAGGUUCCAGAACUGAUUAAUUCUUGUUUCAGAUGCACGUUUCUAUCUGUAUUUUAUCUUAUUUAUGACAUUGAGUGCAUGGAUGCAUGGAUGUAAUAAUCUCUGUUCUAAUCGGUGUAAUUAGUCUAAACACUGCAAAGAAUCAUAAAAUACUAUAAUAAAAAGUCUUAAGUUUCAUACAUCUUUUGAUCCUUUUCAAUUUUAAAUGUUAACUUUCUGAAUUUUAACUUUUGUGGUUUGACACUAGCAUAAAUUAAUCCCAGGAAUGUAUUGCAUACAAUUUUUGGAGUUAUUUUGAUAAUUUUCUCUGUAAUAAAUGCAUUUAUAUAUAAUAAU